AUGUCUUUUCUUGACAGUUAUCACAUUUCGAUAGUAUCAAAAUACUUUGAAACAAUUGAAGACUUUAUUCAUUUGGAGUUUGUCUGUCAAUUAUACAAAGAAACAAUGUCUAAGUUCCAUUACAACCCAAUUACGAUAACUCAAAAGACUAUUAAAUUAUUUCCAAAUUUAGAGACGCUCCAUAUAUGGAAUAAGUCUGAUGAAAACUUUGGCAAUGAAAUUCUUCUUCAUGUUGAACCCGAAGAAGACAACCAAGAUACAUCAGAUGAUUAUUGUUUCCAAAAUUGUGACAGUGUGAGUGACAUAACUGUGCCACCAAGUGUAACAUCUCUUGGUGAAAAUUGUUUCAGAGAAUGUCCACACUUGUCAAGUAUCACGUUAUCAUCAAACGUUCAGACAAUUGGUCAUCAAUGCUUUGAUGAAUGUGACAGUCUAAUUUCCAUUACAAUGCCACAUAUAAUAAAUGUGAUCAAUUUAAGAUGUUACUUUGGCACAAAAAUAUUGAAUGGAUUUAAUGUGCCAACAAGUGUCACAGAAAUCAACAACAAACCUUUGACUUCCAAAUCAGAUAUGACCAGUUUUAUAAUACCAGAAAAUAUCACAUCGUUGGGGUAUAAAUGUUUCUUCACAAGUGAAUUUAUCACAAGUGUUGUUAUUCCAAAUACCGUGAAAUCCAUUUGCAAUUUCUGUUUUACAAGAUGUUCAAACCUUGUAGAAAUUAACAUCCCACAAAGUGUCACACUGCUUGGAGAUAGUUGUUUUAGGCAAUGUCAUAAGCUGAGUAGUGUUACAAUGCCAACCGAUAUUUCUGUUCUCAAUAAACACUGUUUCUUUGAUUGUCAAAGUUUGAAAAGAAUACAAAUUCCAAAUGGUGUGACAUCUAUCGGAAUGUAUUGUUUUUGCGAUUGCAGCAAUUUGAGUGAUAUCUCAUUAAACGAAAAUUUGUUGUCUAUCGAUAAACUGUGUUUUAGUGGGUGUACAAAUUUGAGUAAAAUAACUAUUCCAUCCAAAGUAAAAUCAUUGGGAAUAAGUUGUUUCCAAGAAUGUAGCAAUUUGAGUGUCGUGAAUAUGUCGUCUACUGUUACAUCAUUGGGAGACUACUGUUUUUCUGAAUGUAACAAUCUCAAAGAAAUUUUAUUGCCAUCAAGCGUCACUUCUAUCGGAGAAUAUUGUUUUCCACCUAAUACAGUUAUUGAUCACAACAAAUAA